AUGCAUUUACACAAACAUCUGGCAUUGGCUGCACUGCCAGCGACUCUUCAUCCUGCGCUGGCUCAAAAGGUUGUCGACCUGGCUGGUGAUGGCUGGACGGUCAGCAGCAAAGCCUUGAAUAUCUCGGUUCCCGGUAAACUCCCCUCGCAGGUGCAUCUGGAUCUUUUUGCUGGAAAGGCCAUCGGUAAGUUCCUCUAUUGCCUUGCGCCAAAGACACAUGUCCAAACUAACCCACAGUCUCACAGGUACCACGGUCUGAACGACUUUAACCAGCGCUGGAUCUGCAACAACAAUUGGACAUAUACCAGUCAUCCCCUACAUAAUUUGUCUACGAAAGCGAAGUCAUCCUGGCUUGUCUUCAAUGGCUUGGACACCUUCACAACAAUUGAGGUCUGCGGACAAAUCGUCGGUACGACCGAUAACCAAUUUCGCCAGUACACGUUCGACAUCUCUGGAGCUCUUAAAAGCUGCAAGGGAGACCCGACUCUGGACUUGAACUUCGGUAGUGCCCCGGAGAUCGCGAAUGCAAUUGCCAGUGACCCAAGCUCUGAAAAAUGGCCAUAUGGCCCGCAGCAGAUCUACGAAUUCCCAAACCGAUGGUACAUCCGCAAAGAGCAAUCUGAUUUUGGAUGGGACUGGGGCCCCGCGUUUGCUCCUGCCGGUCCUUGGAGAGAUGCAUACCUCGUACAAUUUGAGAAUGAAGAAAGCAUUUACGUUUUGAACACUGAUCUGGAUAUUUUCCGCAAGGGGCAAAUCAAUCAUGUUGCUCCCGAUCAAACCCAGCCAUGGGUAGUGAAUGCGAGUAUUGACUUCCUCGGAUCGCUUCCGAAAAAGCCAUCCAUGACCAUUGAGAUCAAAGAUGUCGAGUCUGGGAAGAUUCUAAAAUCAGGUCCACUUGAAAGUAUUUCGGUCUCUGGCGGCGCGAUCUCGGGAAGCAUCACUAUCGAUGCUGAUGCGCCAAACUUGUGGUGGCCGACUGGUCUAGGCAAGCAGAACCUGUACGAUGCGACGAUCUCUGUCCAGGAUAGCAAGCACCAUUCCUUAGCAGAUGUUACCAAGCGUACUGGGUUCAGGACUAUAUUCCUCAACCGACUCAACAUUACGGAGGAUCAGCUUGCUCAGGGUAUUGCGCCCGGUGCAAAUUGGCAUUUCGAAGUCAAUGGGCAAGAAUUCUACGCCAAGGGAUCGAAUUUCAUUCCCCCAGAUGCGUUUUGGCCGCGAGUUACUGAAGAAAAGAUGCAACGACUAUUCAAUGCGGUUGUUGAGGGAAAUCAGAACAUGUUGCGUGUAUGGGCCUCAGGCGCCUAUCUCCCUGAUUUUAUCUACGAUAUUGCUGAUGAGCAAGGAGUCCUGCUUUGGAGCGAAUUCCAAUUCAGCGAUGCUCUCUACCCAUCUGAUGACAAAUUCCUCGAAAAUGUCGCUGCUGAAGUCUCGUACAACGUGAGACGACUUAAUCACCACCCAUCGUUGGCCCUUUGGGCUGGUGGAAAUGAACUUGAAAGCUUGGAGCUGCCUAUCGUCAAGGGAGCUGCGCCUGAUAAAUACGCUUUCUAUGUUGGGGAGUACGAAAAGCUCUUCAUCAGCUUGAUUUUGCCUCUUGUCUAUGAGAACUCACGCUCGAUCCCUUACAUGCCUAGCAGCACAAAUAAUGGCUUCCUCUACGUCAAUCUGUCUGCUCCGGUCCCGAUGGCCGAACGCUACGACAAUACAACAGCCGGCCACUACUACUCAGACACUGAUCACUACAACUAUGAUAGUAGUGUUGCAUUUGAUUUUGGCAGUUAUCCAGUGGGACGAUUUGCCAACGAAUUCGGCUACCACAGCAUGCCCAGUCUACAAAGCUGGCAACAGGCGAUCGAUCCUGAAGACCUCCAUUUCAACAGCAGCACCGUUGUUCUUCGCAACCAUCAUUAUCCCCCUGGGACUACCGACACUCACAACCUCAGAAACUCGUCAAAAGGCAUGGGUGAGAUGACAAUGGCCGUCGAGCGCUACUAUCCCAUCCCUCACAAAAAGGACUCGGUUCAGCAAUUCAGCGCCUGGUGCCAUGCUACCCAGCUGUUCCAAGCCGACAUGUACAAAUCCGAGAUCAUUUUCUACCGCCGAGGAAGUGGUAUGCCUGAACGCCAGCUUGGCUCUCUCUAUUGGCAAUUAGAGGACAUCUGGCAGGCACCAACUUGGGCGGGUAUUGAGUAUGAUGGUCGUUGGAAGGUUCUCCAUUAUGUGGCCCGCGAUAUAUACCAGCCCAUUAUUGUUUCUCCAUUCUGGAACUAUACAAGUGGGGAUUUGUCCGUCUACGUGACAUCUGAUCUAUGGGAAACUGCACGUGGAACUGUGAACUUCACUUGGGUGGAUUUGACAGGAAAGCCUAUCCCAGGAAAUGCUGGUACGCCGCAGAGCCGGCAGUUUACAGUGGGUGGGCUCAACACCACGAAGGUCUAUGAGGCGAACACCGCAAAACUGUCUAUCCCCGAUAAGACAGACGCGGUCCUCGUCCUCUCGUUGAUUGCCCAUGGUCGCAUGCCCAACUCAGAGUCUGUUUCCACCUUUGUCCAUCGUGAAAAGGUCACUACCGUCUUCCCCAACAAGCUCUCCCUUGUGGAUCCAAAGCUUGAACUUUCUCAUGAUUCGUCAAGCAACACAUUCACGGUGGAAGCCAAAGGAGGCGUUUCAUUAUACACUUGGCUAGACUAUCCUGCUGGUGUUGUUGGGUACUUUGACGAUAAUGCCUUCACCUUGGUUCCAGGAGAGAAGAAGACGGUCCGCUUUACUGUCCAGAAAGAUGAGACUGGUGGGAAGUGGGCUCAAGGUGUCACUGUCCAAAGCUUGUGGGAUCAGACAACAGAUUGA